AUCUUAUCACGUAGAAAGGUAGUUUUAUGGAGAGAGAGUGGGAGUAUUAAGAUAACACGGACACAAUGGACCAUAUAACUCAUGUUACUGGUUAAUUAGUGACUAAACGUGUGGCAAUAUUACCCAGGGAAGCCAAUGUGGCCGAGUAAGAUGGCUUCGCCGCGAAGUUGUUCUUUUCUUUCUGUAACACCAGGUUCCUAUUUUGUGUGCCACAUCCUGAGUGUCCUGUUCCUGCUUGUCACCCAGCACGCAUUAGCAAAUCCUGUUUCGAUUUCUGGUACCAUAUCUUCCCAAGAGACAAUGAAUUUCACUAAGAUCCCUUUCACUACUACUACCCAUUCCAUAUCUGUGACAACCUUAUCACCCACAAGCAAGGGAGACACCCGGGCAUCCGUAGAACCAGAGACAACAACAUCAACUAAUACCACAGAUGAAAUCAUGAUAUCAUCUGCAAACAAAAUAACAGAAGAAUGCACGUGUGGUGUGUCUACCUUGGACCCAGAGGAAGACGAUCAUAUCACCACAAGGGUGGUGGGAGGGUUUGUGGCCACCCCCCACUCCCACCCGUGGCAGGUUUUACUCCGCUAUUACCAAGUACCUGUCUGUAGUGCCACCAUCAUCAGUGACCUGUACAUUCUCACUGCCGCACACUGCAUCUUUAUGAUGAAAGACUUCCAAAGAAAGAUAGAAGAGAAAUAUAAGGAAAAAGUACUCAAUGCAAAUGGAAGUGUGGACUUUGGCCAGGUAAGUGUGGCUCUGGGAGUCCACAAUACUGUCAACCUAACAGACACAGAAGUGGUGGGGGUGGAGAGCUUUCUAGUGCACCCCCAGCAUCGGGUGGACGAGGUACACGACACCCAUGACCUGGCUUUGCUGAGGCUCUCACACCGUAUCAACUAUGUGGCACAUAUACAGCCAGUCUGUCUGCCUACCCAAGGUACAAAUCGGGACUACAUAAUGUAAAAGACCUAGUUUUUAGACUUGUGGUU